ACCUGGCUCGCCAGGGGAUCCGCAUGAGGCUAAACAACCACACCUCCAGCAGGUUCUUGUUCUGCUUACUAGAAACGCUCUCCUGGAAACAGACCCGACUUCACCUCAUCAGCGUCAUUGCCGUUGUUAAGGUAUUCCUUUACGACGGACGGAAUACUCACCCCUCCUUCGCAACUGCCUUGCCGUGUUUCUUCCCCUGCACCUGCCGCAUUUAAUUGCUUUGUCCUUUGACGCUGCAACUGGAUGCCAUUGACUGCCCACAGCACACAAUGGCGUCCUCAACGGCCCCCAGGCCUCACUUCAAAGGCAACUGAAGAAGCCCAACCCCUUGGGAUCACCAUUAACGUCGGCCCGGACUCUCAAGUCAACCUCAGGUGCUUCUUACUCAAUUUUAGUCCACUGCCCUCUAUCUCAGACCUUUCUCCGGAACAAUUCACUUCCUUCCCAAAAUAUUCCUCGCAACCUCGACAGAAAAAAACUCAUUCUUUCUUACUCCAUCACUCAAUCCGUCACUCACACCACCCACCCACAUCCAUUUCCAUACAUAGUACAAACAUACAUACAUACAAGCUUCUCAAUACGAUAUCCUGUUCAUUCGCCUGCGUCAGUCCACCCACAUCAUCAGCAAUGGCGCAUGCACUAGCAGACAACGUCUUCGUCGGAUUCGACGUCUCCGAAAUCGACAAGCCAUUCUUGCUCGACGUCCUUGCUGCACCCGGCACACCCUGGGAUGAGAAGCUGGCCAUCUACGAUCUCGGCCUUUUCAGUGGGUACGAGGAUUGGAACCUGAUGCUCGAGAGUGCGGCCUCAAUCAAGGAGCAGAGCCCGGCUAGAUCCCCUCUCGAUGCACAAGACCUCCUGGCCUUCGUCCCGCGGGUUAAAGAAGCCGCGCUAGCCGCCGCGAAGCUGCGUCAGGGUUGGGCUGCGACUGAUCAGUCCAUCAAAAAACUAGCCACGCUUCUGCGGGUUCAUCGAUCAGGCAUCGUUGCUGAGCCCCAACCUGCCGUCAUCAAACGGGAGCGAAUUAUCAAGCGAGAAGGCGUCUCCAAGCGUGGACAGGACGAUGAGGAGGACGAAGAUGAAGAUGCCCAACCCAACAACCAACGAGUCAAGCGACGCAGAGUCGCUCCCAAACCAUCCACAUCUCACUAUUUCGCGCCUUCUGCGGCCGAACAGUCGACACGCAUCCAGUCAAAACAGCCAUCUUCAUCUUCAUCUCCGUUCGUUUCCGACGCAGUUCGAGCCUACACCCCAGCAGUCAUCCGCAAUGGUAUCGCCACGCCCAAUAUCACGCCGCGCAAGCAGUCUCUUGAGAUUGAGGCCCCGAAUGACACCACCGGACAAACCCCGAAGGAAUCGACCAGCGAGGCCCAGAACGCCGCUUGUGCGGCUAGGGGAGCGAAUGACGAUGACGCCGGCGCUUUAAAAGCCAGCGGCCCGCAGACAGCCAGGGAUCUUCGGGUAGAGACGCCAUCCUGGCCAUCCCCGCCCAGCAGUCCGUCCCCGAUGAACUCGUCCGAAUCAUUGUCCCCCGAGGACUUGAGCCGGAUCAAGUCGGAGCACUAGGUCUUGCCGGCCCAUCGCCGAAGCGGAAGCUGGCUGUGAAAUCGCCCUUCUUCAAUCUGCCUUCACCAGCCAAACAGUCUCCUAGAUCGAAACGCGGCGCUGGUCUUGUAUCAACGAUCCCCUUUCCGCGACUUUCGGCUCCGAAAUUUGGUCUCAUUCA